AUGGAGAAGAAGAUAGCGCCACUUUCCGUUCUCCCGCUUCCCACAGUCCUCCGGACACUUGCCACAACUACUAUUUCUUCGUCGCCUCUUCUCCUUCCACCGUCGCUGAUGGCUAUGAACGUCUUGGCGCACACACAGAACCCUAUCUUGAACCCUGACAAGAACCCGGUCUUGGGAUGGUUUUUGAAGAAGACAUUCUAUGCGCAGUUCUGCGCAGGUGAAAAUGCUCCGGAGGUUCGCAGAACAGUUGACGGUCUGCGAAAGAUUGGUUUCACGGGCGUCAUUCUAGGCUAUGCUAAGGAGGUGGUUCUUUCGAAGUCGCAAACCGAGAACCUGACAGCUUGCGACACGGGAGCCGACAAGGAUGAGUGCGUACAGCAUGAGAUCAGCCCUUGGGCUUCUGGAACCAUGGAGACAGUCCGACUUGCUCAACAAGGCGAUUUUGUCUCUCUCAAGUUCACCGGUGCUGGUCGACAAGCUCUAUACGCCCUCAAGAACCGAUUACCACCUCCCAAAGAACUCCGAGCUGCUAUCGAUGCUGUUUGCGACCUCGCUCGCGAGCGCAACAUUCCUCUCCUCUUCGAUGCUGAGCAGACCGCCCUCCAGUCCGGCAUUGACGAUUGGACUCUUGAAUACCAGAAGAAGUACAACACUGUUCCCGGCCACGCUCUCAUCUACGGUACAUACCAGGCAUACCUGAAGGCCUGCCCUGCUGUCCUUGGCUCGCAUCUCGCAGCUGCGGCUAAGGAGGGCUUCACACUUGGUGUCAAGCUCGUCCGUGGUGCUUACCUCGGCGCGGACCCCCGCCACAUCAUCCAUGAUACCAAGGAGGACACGGACAAGUGCUAUGAUGGCAUCUCCGAGUCCCUGAUCCGUCGUGAGUGGAACGACGUUCUUUCCCAGGACGCCAAGUACCCUCUCGUGUCCCUCUUGAUCGCCUCGCACAACCUCGACUCCGUCCGCCAUGCCCGCGCUAUCCGCCCCGUCGGCGAGCUGGCCAUGGCCCAGCUGCAGGGUAUGGCAGACGAGGUGAGCUGCGAGCUGGUUUGCGUCAAGAAGAAGGACGACAAGGUCUCUGGCGACAGCACGCGCGCUUACAAGUACUUGGUCUGGGGCACCACGGGAGAGUGCAUGAAGUACCUCCUGCGCCGUGCCAACGAGAACAAGGACGCCGUUGGCCGUACGCGCAGCGGACGUGAUGCCAUGUGGGGUGAGGUCAAGAGGCGCUUCUGGACCUCUCUUGGUCGUGCUUGA